GGCGGCGCCGGGACUCUGCCCAGCCCGGAGCGGGAGCGGAGCUCGGCCGGGCCGGGCCGGGCCCGCUGGAGAAGCCCCGCCCGGGGGGGCCAUGGCCGAGCGGGCCGCUGCCCAGGCUCCAAAAUGGGACCUAGAAUCCCAGCACCCAACACUUUUGCAUCCCCCCACCGGCCUCAAACAAACUUCGCUGAGAGAGACGCAACUGCAGAGUGCAGAGAUUUCCCUCCCUGUCCUGGCUGCCCUCCAAGCCGUAGAGAGGAAGGUGGAUUCUCAGGCUGCACAGUUGCUGAAUCUGGACGGGAGAAUGGGGACGGCUGAGAAGAAACUCGUCGGCUGUGAGAAAACAAUGGUGGAGUUUGGGAACCAGCUGGAGAGUAAGUGGGCCGUGCUGGGAACUCUGAUCCAGGAGUACGGGCUGCUGCAGAGGAGGGUGGAGAACAUGGAGAACCUGCUGAAGAACAGGAACUUCUGGGUCCUGAGGCUCCCCCCAGGGACUAAGGGGGAAGUUCCCAAGGUGCCACUAACAUUUGAUGACAUCUCAGUCUAUUUCAAUGAGCAAGAGUGGGGGAAUUUAGAGGAAUGGCAGAAGGAACUUUACAAGAAUGUGAUGAAAAGCAACUAUGAGACGUUGAUGUCACUGGACUAUGCCGUUUCCAAACCUGACCUCCUAUCCCGGAUUGAACGAGGGGAGGAGCUAAGUGUCGGGGAUCAAGGGGAUGCAGAGAAGAGAGAAAUUCCUACAGAUCCCAGCGCAGACUUACCGGUCUGUAAUAAAGAGGGUUUAUUACGUACUAAACAAGAGGAAGAGUUGUAUGUCGGGGAUCAGCAGGAUUUGGAGGGCAGAAAAUUCCCUAAAGAGCUCUAUACCGACCAGGCAGUUUCCAAGUCUGACACUUUAUCCCAGACUGAGGAAGGCAAAGAGUUAUGCAUCAGGGUACUGCUAGAGUCAGAGAAUACAGAGAUGCCUAUAGACCCAUGCACUGGAUUUCAAAUUUGUGCAACUGACAUUUUAUCACGGAUUAAACAAGAGGAAGAGCCGAGUGUCUGUGAGCAGCAUGAUUCAGAGGAAAACAAAAUCCAUACAGAUCCCAGCACAGCGAAAGAUGGAAGCACAAACAAGGAUAAGCUCCCCGGAAAACCUCUUGAAAGCAUUGUGUACAAGUCUAGAUUAUAUGGAAAACUUGGAGAAGAGUGUUUGCAGAAUCCCAAACAGAGAGUGACAUGGAAGAGUGUGUACAAUUCAAAAAUGCAGCAGGCAACUGCUACUGGGAACAGUCUGGGGGUUUCAUCUCUCUGUGACAAAAAAUUAUUAAUCCAUCAGGAAGAACCCUACCCAGAAGACAGACUGCAUAUAAGUACUGAAUGUGAGAAAAACUGUACUCAAAAGGUGCAUCUUCAGAAUCACCAACAAGCCCACACAGAAGAGAGACUAUUUGCAUGCGCUGAGUGUGGGAAAAAUUUCCAGCUGAAGGUAAGUUUGACAAAACACCAAAGGAGCCAUGGAAAAGAGAAACCCUAUAAAUGCAGCCAAUGUGAGAAGAGCUUCAUUUGCCGCUCGUGGCUCAUUAGACACCAAAUGAUUCACAGUGGAGAGAGGCCAUAUAAAUGUACCGAAUGUGACGCAAGCUACAGCAGAAAGGAUUAUCUUCUAAAUCACCAACGCCGGCAUUUAGGGGAGAAAUUAUUCCAGUGUAAUGUGUGUGGGAAAAGCCUUGUGCUGAAAAGAAGCUUAGUUAGGCAUCAAAAAAGUCACAUGAAAGAGACCCAAUCCACUUAGCCAGAUGAGUCUUCUUAGACACCAGAUGAUUCACACAGAGAAGCUGGAACAAUCGCUAGGUGAGGGAAAAACUGAGUAGGAAAUCUAUGAUCCUCAAAAAUAAUCCUAUCACCAGUAACUCCAUCUGAAGGCUUCACAGGGACCUGGAUACACAAGAGAGAUCAGCUUGAUGUAAAAGGAGAGAAUGCAUUAAUAUCUGUUCACAAGCUACUAUGUGAGACAGAGCUCACUGAAAAUAGGUCAGAAAAUGCAUGUUAGUGUGACCCACAACAGGAAAAAGGGAUUGUUGGCUCUUUACUGAGAGGAAGAACUCCUACCAUUUGAAAUUUAGAACCCAUUUCUGAACCCCUUCCGAGAAGCAGCAGAUACUUAGGAAUGGAGUUUGGGAGGUGAAAUGUACCCGUACCUCCCAUGUAAGUCAAAGGUAGCUCUUGGUAUUCAGUACCUCUAUAAAUCAAACUUUUAGCCCAUUCAAGCCAGGCAAAUGGAGAUAUCUGAAGAUUACCUGGCUGAGACUCCUUAUGAGUUGGAAACUGACUAGAGAAAGCUUACAGUAUAGAUUUCUUUUUGGAUAGCCUGAGUUUUCCACCUUCCAAAUGUAAUGUUCCAUAUUACAGACUGUUGUAUAUGUGGUUUGAUGUGUGCAUUACUGGAGACUGAAGAUUUUUAUAUGUUGAUAUUUGUCCUGGUUUUGAGAACACUUUUCUUAAUUUUCACCACAUUUGGGUUUUGAAGGAAACAUUAUGGGGAAUAAAGUGGAUAAGCAUUUGU